AUGUCGAAAAACAGAGCUGGCGGCCUCUAUGGAGGCAUUCAGUUUUCUUCUGGCACAACAUACCAAUCCUCUGUUUCUCAAUCUGUUCAAGAUCCUGACCCACCCAAGUCUGAAGUCACACAAGCAGACCCCAAACCCGUCGCCCAACCUGCAACUUCGUCGGCAACAACGACGACCGCUGCGACUACUGCUUCAAGUUCGAGCUCAACCGCAACGACAAAGUCCACAGCUGCUAACAAGGCUAAACCGACUGCACCACGAAUCCCGAUUGGCGCGUCGGUGUUGACCUCCACCACGCUGUCCACCGCUGGUACCACCACCGCUACCACCCCGGGGUUGUCGUCCACCGCGGUCAUUUUUGCACCACCACAGUUGAAGACCCCUGAAGCCACCGGCGACACAUCUUCAACUGUAACUGGGGCUGCAACUACCACAACUGGGGCACACACUCAGAAUGCACAAGGAUGGGGAAAGAAAGUCAAGCCGCCAUCCAUGGUGCUUGACGAAGACGUAAAUGGAUUCAAAUCACACAAGCGGAAAGUCGGGAAGGGCAAAGGAAAGAAGAAUAAGCAUGUACAACCCGUGAACACCUGGGACCCGAUGGACCAAUACGACCCUCUGAGACCCAAUGACUACAACGAGUACAAACUCUGGAAGACCAGGGAAAGAAUUGAACGACGGGAGCGCUUGGCUGCAGAGCGCCGAUAUCAAUCGUCCAAGGAUUAUGGUCGUAGCAGGAGCUACUCCGAUUCAGAUUAUACCGGCUCCGACGACGAUGACAGACCGCGCAAGACAGGGCGCUACGAAGGAGAAAGCUUCGAUCGUUGGAACCGAACAGACGAGGAAAGGUCGAAUGUUCCGCGCGACCCGUCGCCAACUCCUGUGGUCAUGGACAAGAACCUCUCAGGGGAAGACGCUUACCUCCGUCGUCUAGCCAUGUCGCAAGGACGCAGCUAUCCGCCACUCGUCGAACCCGAUGCCGUGGAAGGAUCCUCUGCAGUGCCGACCCCGACCCCGCCGCCUGCUGCCCCUCCUCGAGAGCAGACAGGUGAUGAAGCCUACCUUCGACGCCUCGCCAUGUCGACGCGACCCGCGGCGCCUCCACCGCCAAUGAGGACUGCUUCCCCGCCACCUCUGGCUUACAAUCCAUUUGCUCCACCCACUGUGCCACCUCCACCGGCUGUCGUGGCUCCUCCAGUUGGCACUGCACCUUCACUUGAGAACAAGGCGGAAGAGAUGAAGAAGCAGGCCGCAGCCAUCGCUGCCAGGCUGAGUGCGAUGGCAAGCGCGGGAGCUGCAACUUCGGCCUCACCCACCCCACCGGUACAGACCCCAGAAGAGGAUGCAGUAGACAAGAGGCCGGGACAACCCGGAUUCGGCGCCCGUCUUCUUGCGAAGUACGGUCACAAAGAAGGCCAGGGAUUGGGUGCGGACGGGUCAGGCAUUGUCAAUCCUCUUACCUUGGAACAAGUAGCCUCUGGCGGCAAAGGAAAAGGAAAAGGACCACCAGGUCCGAAGAUUGGAAAGAUCAUCAACAACAAUGAAGAUCGGCGUGCGAAAGAAGACCUUGUACGGUUCGGAGAACCCAGUCGAAUUCUGGUUCUGACCAACAUCGUCGAUCCCAACGAUGCUGAUGACGAGGAUCUUCGUCAAGAUAUUGGCGAAGAAUGUUCGAAGAAUGGGACAGUUGAGAGAGUUCUUGUCCAUGUUGUUGACCCACUGCCACCCAACUUUGCUGAGGCGGUACGGGUUUUCGUCGUCUUUGCCGGACCAGCUGGGGCGUGGAAGAGUGUCCGGGAACUCGAUGGAAGAUACUUUGGAGGGAGAUCUAUCCGAGCUAGAUAUUAUCCUGAAGCCAAAUUCCGUCAGGGAGACUUUUCCGUCCCUCUGUAA